UGACCAGAUUGACUGUUGUAUCUCUCUUCCCCCCUUCAUGUUUGUGUUGUGACUAAAGAGACGAUAAAAUAGAAAUAAAAAAUAAAAAAAUACAUCAAUUUUAUUUAUCAAUAAUUAAUUGUCAAUAACAGAUAAAUAAAUAAAUAAUAAUUUAGUUAAAUUAAAAAAAAAAAAUGGCACAAAAUAUUAAUCCAUUUUUUUCAUCACCAAGUUCAAACAGCAAAGCCAAGGAAGAAAAGCAAAAUGUACCAAAGGACAAUCAUGCAGUCAGUAAACGUUUACAAAAAGAACUCAUGGUUUUGAUGAUGUGCACUGAAAAAGGAGUAUCAGCAUUUCCAGAUGGUGAAAAUUUAUUCAAGUGGAUUGGUACAAUAACUGGACCUCGAGAUACAGUUUAUUCUGGACUAGUUUACAAAUUAACCUUGGAAUUUCCACACAGUUAUCCAUACAGUGCACCAAUUGUACGUUUUAUAACAACAUGUUUUCAUCCCAAUGUUGAUCAUCUUGGUAAUAUUUGCUUGGAUAUACUCAAGGACAAAUGGAGUGCAUUGUAUGAUGUUCGUACUAUUUUACUCUCAAUUCAAUCACUUCUUGGAGAACCCAAUAAUGAAAGCCCAUUGAAUCCACAAGCUGCUGAGCUCUGGAAUGAUCAAACAAAAUACAAAAAAUAUUUACUUGAAGAAUAUCAUCGAGAAGCUGAACGUACACAAGAAUCAUGAUAAGCCAAUUUUAAUUUAUUCACAUUCAUUUACAUGAUUUUUAUCAAAUUUUCAAAUUUAUUAUUAACAUCAUUUCAUAAACAAUUUAAACAGACAAAAACAAUCUUAAGUACAUCACAAUUUGCUCUAUUUAAAAACUAAAUUAAUCAUAAUUUCUAACAAUAGGUUCAUUUUCUUUUCUUUUCUUUAAUUUAAUUUUUUGGCUGAUUAAAAUAUUAAAAUCACAGGUAUAUAACAAUAAUAAUAAAGGGUUCAAUUAAAUAUUAAAAUUUGAAAUAAUAAUAAAUAAAGUCAUUGAGUUUAUAAAAAAAAAGGAAUAUUUUUUUUUUUUAUUUUUUACUCAUUUUUAAGAAGUUUAUUUAAUUUUUCUUUCAUUAUGAAAAUAUAAUUUAUUUAUAUAAUUAAUUUACUAGAUCAAUUUUUUUUUUAUUUGUCAAUAAUUAUUUGAUAAAUUCAAUUUUUUGAUUUUAUAUAAUAUAUAUUGUCCUCCAACAUAAUCAUCAUGUCUUGAACAAAAAAAAAAAAAAUAUAUAAAUAAUUUCUUUAACUUUAAUAUUUGUCGUUUAUUUUUUUUUUUAAUUAAAAUAUUUUCAUUGUGUUGAUGCUUUUAAUAAACUGUAAUUUUUUUUUUUGAAAUAAAUUUAAGAUAAAUAUAUUGAAAUAAAUAAAAAUUGAUAUAUAAAUUAU